AUGGGAAACUACGUCACAUAUCGACCAUCAGAUGCCACUGGCAAAGUUAUUCUAUCGGAUGGCACCGUCCAUCAAUUUGAUAAACCAUUAACCGUGGCUGAGCUCAUGUUAGAGCACUCGCAACAUGUUGUGGUUGAGUUGCACUCGGCUGUGAAUGAAAAGAGGCCAAGUCCAUUGCCUGCUGACAAGAUUUUAGAGACCAAAAAAAUUUACAUAAUGCUUCCAGUUAAGCGAGGGAGGCGGCCUGCUGCAUUGUCCAGUGAAGAAGUUCGACGGAUUCUUUUGACCGCAAAUUCAGUACUUUGGCGUUCGAGGCCGUCUGUUUUUUCUUCGCCAAGGUUUCUUCCUAAUUUGUUUGCUCGGAUCUGUCAUACAGGUUUAGGGGACGGACAAGGGGUUCAUGUGAUGCACAAGAAGGAAAUUAGCGGCCUAGAGCAGAGGACGGAGAAGAUCAGUUUUGUGCCGGAGUUCUUGCCGGAGAUUUUAGAUGGGAGGCCGGAAUAUAUGAGUAGGCAAUUAUCAGGCAAGGGGUGGAAGCCCGGUUUGAAUACAAUAAAGGAGAAGAAGGUUAAGAAGAAAUUGCUGCAUUGGGUGUUUUAA